UUUGGUUCUUAAACAUCCUGAGCCUCGCACAGGCCACUUCAGUGCCCAAAGCCAUAGCCCGAGCCAUCGUGGGCACGUCCACAAAAGUGUCGAGGUGAAAGGCCAUAGUUGAAGGGCCUUGGUUGGGCCUAAAUAACCACAACUGCUCCAAGAGUCCUUUCUCUCUUCUCGUCCAUAAUACGAGAUACCUAGGUGGAUCGUAGGUGCCAGGGAAGCGGUAUUUUCUGGGGCUUUUGCUUGGCUGUCACGGCCUGCAUCUGCCGCCAAUCGCAAACUCGCAUCCUCCCCUUUCUGCGCUUUCUGCGCCCCGGCAAAGAACGAACGUCAACCUCGAACAAUGCCCAGCCGUGGGUAAUUCCAAGUCUCAGGCACUCAACCACCCUCAUUUUGUCCCAUUUCACCCAACGACGCGUGAACCACGGCCCACCGAGCGCGCCUUUUCACCUAUUGUCCACGCGACCUGUUAUUAUCCGCCCAACCCUGGGGGAAAACCUUUUUCUACACACUGUGGGCUUUGGCAUCUCGUCAUGAUAUAACCAACACUUGGCCAACACCGACCGCCCUCCGCUCGUCUUGCUCCUCACCCCGAGGGUCCUGCGAAACCCACAAACUCUGCUCCAGCCACACCAUUGACACACUGUUGGGUUUUCUUCGCUCUGGCGCCAACUUAGACCGCCACCAUGGCGUUUUCCAGACGCUCAACAGCGUCCUCUCCAUCGUCACCUCUCUCGGUCCUUUCACAGUCUCCUUCGCCCCCUUCACCCGCCGUGGAUGUUUCCAAUCGAUACCCAUCACCGAGUGCUAGCGCAACUACCUCGGGCAGCGCAACUCCACGGAAGUCAUACGACAUGCCAGACCUUUCGGGAGAGAUCCAGGUGCGGACAGACGGUCCCCCACCAACCAAGCGCCGUCGCGUUGCAGCCCCACGGCCCCGCACAACCGAGUAUGUCGACCUGGAGAAUUAUGACAAUGAGGACCAAGAGAAUCUUCAGAGGUUGUUGACAGCCCUGAGAAAGAAGAAGAAGAUUGUGGUGAUUGCGGGCGCUGGAAUCUCUGUUUCUGCAGGCAUUCCCGACUUUCGUUCAUCGACAGGACUCUUCACGACACUGCGCGGCCAACACAAGCUCAAGGCGUCUGGGAAGCACCUUUUUGAUGCCUCCGUCUACAAACACGACUCCUCCACCACCUCCUUCCACGACAUGGUCCGCGAAUUGUCGCAGAUGGCAUCUGAAGCCAAGCCAACGUCGUUCCACCACAUGCUGGCAUCCAUUGCCUCAGAGGGCCGGCUCAUGCGCUUGUACACUCAGAAUAUCGAUAGUUUAGAUACUCAGAUGCCACCGCUCGCGACGAAUGUGCCCCUGAACAGCAAAGGCCCAUGGCCAACGACGAUUCAACUCCAUGGCGGCUUGGAGAAAAUGGUGUGCACAAAAUGUAACCACUUGGAGACCUUCAACCCGUCGCUGUUUCAGGGCCCGGAGCCCCCACUCUGCGAGAAGUGCAAGGAGCAGGACGAAGUACGAACGGCUUUUGCGGGGAAGCGAAGUCACGGCAUCGGCAAGUUACGCCCACGGAUUGUGCUAUACAACGAAUACAACCCCGACGAGGAUGCGAUCGGGAUGGUUUCAAAGGCAGAUCUACGGAGAGUUCCGGACGCUGUUGUUGUGGUGGGGACUACGCUCAAAAUCCCUGGCGUGCGAAGACUCGUCAAGGAGCUAUGCCAGCUGACCCGGAGCAAGAGAGACGGCCUUACUGCCUGGAUCAAUCUUGAUCCGGAGCCACAGGGCAUCGAAUUCAAGGAUUGCUGGGAUCUGGUCAUCAAAGCGAAGUGUGACGACGUCGCGGAGUUGGUCAACUUGCCACGUUGGGAUCAGCAAGAUAUAGGAGAUCGGGAAUCCUACAUGGUCACUGGGGAUGAGCUGAAGGAGAAGCGCUACGCCGCCAACCUAGAGCGCAAUAGAAUCGACAUCCUACUUGAGCGCAAGCGGAAAAGGACAGAAGACGAUGACGAUGGGUUCGAGUCAUCGCAGUCUUCGCAACCAUCACAAUCUUCGCGGUCCUCGCAGGAAGUACAGACUCCCGGCAACUGCAAGUCGAAACUUGCCGAGCAAGGCGGUAUGCCGACGCCGAUUGCCAGUCCCAAGCUUCGCAACGCCCUCCUUCCAGCGCCCAGGUCGAGGGGCAGACCCCCUAAACAGAGCACGCUCAGCUUUAGCACCACCACAGCGGCCGAGCCCGCGCCUGCGACGCAAAAGGCCGCCCCCAAGAGAAAGCCGAGACAACCGAAGAAGGCAGCCCCCAAGCCCAAGAACAGGAUCAACCAGACGUUCAAAGCUACCAAAGCGGUGCCAAUCAGGGAAAUAAAGACCCCUAAGAAGCAGUUUUUGGACCCCGAUUCAUCCGACUUGUCCUCCCCGCCAGACGACUCACCUGCCGGUCUCCCAUCAUUGCGGCCCAAGGAUCAAGUUCGACGGCCAGAACCGCUUGUACUCCCAGCUGCUGGGCUUACAUCUAGUCCACCGACCACGCCUACCAGCCAAGAGUUUGUCGCUUCCGCUAUGAAGACGAUCUCCCCUGGUAGCAAGCCGAGGAGUAUGGGCCAUCUCAUUGAUUGACUGGCCUCGUUGGUGGGGGUUGUUGUUCAGUUUCUCCCUUGAGCAAAUCACUUGGUUUCUAUUGGCGCUUUUUUUCGACAACUCACGGCAUUCUUUUGUUUAUAAGCAACAAACCGGUUGGCUUUGUGUUUUCCGAUCCCAUCAUGGCCCGGCGUCGCAUCAUUCCCAUUGCACAAGAUGGAGUUUCUGUUUCACAUUCGACAUGAGAGGGAAAAAAUAAACUGGAAGCUGGUCGGCUCAUUAAUUGUCCGGGUGGCCUUUUUUCUUUUAUCAGGCAUUGGCGGUAUUAUUGAGGCAGCGUACUGUCAACUGGGAGGUCAAGCCAGCAGGGUCUCGUCUUUCCAGGGGAGGAUGGAACACAAGCUCUGUGGAUUUCUUAUCGGCGUUGGGGAGCAAACAACAGGGUACAUGAAAAUUUCGAUUACACACGUCCAUCACAUUCCAUCGUCACAUUUACACAUAUAGUACAUACCCCCGAACUUGGUACAUACCGUUUUUAUUCCCCUUUCUCCGCAAGAGGGAGAGAGAGAUCAUCACAUAUAUGGGAGCGGAACAGGGAAGAAGAAGUCAAGUCUGGUGUUUAUGGAGUUUGAGGGGAUAAGAACAAUAAGAAGCAGUGGUUCAGUCGCCCUUUAUUUGUCUUAUGGGGUCCAUUACUCGGGAGACUUGGAGUUUAUUAGAUUCAGCCUUUUUUCACCUUUUUGGAAGGAGAACAAAUAUUAUUGGUUUUUUAUCACUUACUGUUACGAUUACAAGGGGAGAUAAUGAGUGAAGCCGUCGGUGUGGUAUCAUCACUUGAUCCUGUUGCAAGCGAGG